GUAGUGUAUUGAAGUAUUUAAUGAUGUUCACAGUUAAAAUGAUUCUCUUGGCAGAAACGAGGAGUAAUGGACGUCAAUGGAAUAUUACCAUACUUCCCCUACAGAGAUGAUGGAUUACUUAUUUGGGAUAAAGUUGGAAAACUUGCCAAGGAAUACGUAGACCUGUAAGCAACUAAAUAGUACACUUUGAAACUUUAUAACCGAGUUCAAAUUCUCAAACCCCAGUCAAACGAGAAUUGAUUAUAGAGUUGGCAGUCCCGCAUUUAACAAAAUAAAGGUUUGAUGAGGGUUCCAACUACGUUUUAACUAAAUAAAAUACGGCAAUAGUGUUGGGAAAGCUUUAUAAAACAGCUAACCAUGCAAGGUCGCGAGAUUGCUAACUCUCCUGCACUCUCAUCCUCGUUUGAUCCGGGCAGUUUAGCUAUUUCAUAAUAGUUGAAAAAGAAAAAUCUAAAGCGAUAAUUAAUUUAGUUAAAUUGAUUGUUUUUCAGGUAUUAUGAUGCAUUUCCUGAAUUAAAUAUAGCUGUCAAGAUACGUCCUAAAAUACCCAACAAACCAUUAUUGUCUGCUCCGAUUUCGAUUAUAACUGACAUCGAAUUACAAAGCUUUGCUUUGCAGUUACACUCGACAAAUAUUGGAAGGAUACCAUGUGGAAGGGUACGUCUGCAUGGCUGAUAUUUUUCCUGUUUUUUUUUAAGUUAGGCUUAUGUUUGUUAAUAAGGAUGUUUUCCAGGAGUUAUUUUAAAAAGAUUCAAAUCAUAAACAAUACGUUAAAAUUAGUUAAGGCGGUCACAAGUAAGUACUUGCCAUCCGGUCUUUUAAAUUGGCGAUAACUUGAUGUUAUUCAGCAAUUUGCAACUGCCCGACUGAUACCUUAUAGUUACAUUUUCCGGGUCUUACUGCCCGCGUGUUAAACUAAACGCUUCUGUGAACAUUUUUGCGCAUGUAUAGUAUUAUCUUUUUGUCUAUUUCAAAUCUUACUAUUAUAGUUUGCCAAAUAAUUUAACACGUUACGAUUUGUUAAUUUUUUCAACAUUAUCAAGGGAGGACUAAACUUAUUUCUUUUCAGUUUAAAGGUUUUCCGUCGACGAUUACCACACAUGAGCAACUUGUUGACAUCGUGAAACGAAUCCUGUUCAUUCCCAUUCAGCACAGUGCUAUCAACUACCCUGUAUCUUACUAUGGAGCGUAUACACCCAACAUGCCAACCAAGCUUUAUUAUCCAGACACACAAGAUUUCAGCAUUCAUAAUUUGCCAAUUUAUAACAUUGUUUCGGUAAAGUUUAAACGAAAUAUUUCUUAUCAAUCAGUCAAUAUAUUAAUCGGAGAGUAGGAUGACUUCCACACAAUAAAUUUGUGGGUGUUGCUACAAUACCAAAAUGGCGUAAUCGUUGCAGGCUCUCUACACACUGACUUAGUGUAAAUGUUAAAACCAUGUUUUUUUGUGUUAGGGAAACACCAAAUUCACACCCAGUAAGAGCUGCAUGAAAUACCAACACUUAUUGUACGAGUGGAUGUGCGAGUGUAUUUGGUGUUUCCUAGCUAGCACAAAAAUGAAUGGUGUAAUGACGUUUACACUAAAUCAAUGUCUACAUAGCUGAAAUGAUUACAUUAUUUACCAUUUCUGGUAUAGGAUUAGUUAAUGUAAGGAUUGGGGUUAGAUAAACGUUAUGAUUACGCUUAUAGGAUUUCAGAUAUGAUUAAUAUGAUUAUGAUUGUAAGGGUUAGUUCGAGUCAUUCUUUCAAUGUCGACAUAUCGCUCUAUAGUAUUAGGGUUUGAAUCUACUUUCAGUUUACCAUGACAUGUGCAUUUAUUUGAUGAUUAUUCGUUAUAUAAUAAAUAUAUAAAUGAGUUCUCGUUACUAGUUGUCCGACUGGGCAAUGCCCACUAAAAUUCAACACCAUGUCCAUGCAUGUCCGGCAGAAUGGAAGUCGGGUACCUACACUAAAAUGGACAAAUCGUAACUCUCUAUAUUGUUUUUCAGUACCAACUUUCCAUUGCCAUGACUUUGGGAUCUAUACGAUAUGACAAACUCUUCGACUACAGCGAUAAUUUGGCAGAUGAUCAAGCCAAAGCACUUGUGAAAAAGUACUAUGAUGAACUCCAUGGCAAAGUCAACAAGCAAAUUAUCGAGAGAAAUUGCAAGAGGCAGCUGGAGGGCAAGUUCAUCUAUCCAUAUUUCAUGCCACAGUGGUUGACCAACAGCAUACAAACAUAAUACAAACAACGUUAACUUUGUGUGAUUCUAGACUUUUAACUUUACGAUUUUUGUGGGAUUUUAACUUAGUACACGAGAAUAAUUUUAAAGUAUUUUUACUAGCUAUAGUUAGUUGCAGUUGUUGAUUAGUUUAGUACUAGGUCGACAUACUGGCUUAAGGAUCUUUUUUCUUCAAAAAAUUAAAUAUGUACCAGCCACUGUUUGUAUUGUGU